GAAACAAAAAGAACCUAAUCCAUCCCUCAUCUUACUGGAACUCAAAAGCUUUGGAACUUGGCCAACUUUCAGCCUUUAAAUCCUCACUGCUGCUUCUCUAGUUUCAUCUGAUGCACAGGAGAUGCUUGCAUGGAAAGGCUUUCUUGUUGAAAUCUACUUAGUUUUCUAGUUUUGCAAACUCACAUUGUUGCAUCCUUCAUUUGUUUGCACAUGAGGUGUGCUGAUUCUUAAGCUUUGAGAAAAUGGUGGGUAAGGUCUUAGUGCUGCUCCUGCUCAUGUCAGGGCUGUGUAAAGUGGCUGCCCAAAAUGAAGGUCCUCUUUAUCCAAUCAAUGGAACAGCAAGCUCCCAAUCAGAUGAUGGAAGUUCUCCACAGAUUGUUCUGCAAAGACCUUUUGUCUACUUCGGUCAAAGAUACAACAGCAUUUAUGUCAAUCACAACGGACACUUGACAUUUACUGUCCCAUAUUCCUCAUGGACUCCUCAAGCAUUCCCAAUGCAUGGAUCCCUAGACAUAAUUGCUCCAUUCUGGACAGAUUUGGACAACAGAGGAAAUGGUUUUGUCUACUACAACCAAUACACCAACGGCAUUGUCCUCCAACAAGCUACACAGGACAUUAAUAGCUACUUUCCAAGCAUAAACUUCAACGCAGAGUGGGUCUUUGUGGCAACAUGGUAUGAAGUGGCCUACUUUCCAAUGACAGGCACAAGAACAACUGUUCAAGCUGUGUUGAUCUCUGGUGGCCAGCACUCAUUUCUGCUCAUGAACUACGGAGUUAUCGCUUUAACUACUCGGGCUGUUCAGGCUGGCUAUGACACCACACACUCUGUUCAUCAUUUGACCAUUCCUGGAUCUUUUUCAAGUUCUGCAACAGGAGACAACUCUACCUUUAGUAUCAGCAGCAAUGUCAAUGUAACGGGUCGCUGGGCCUUUAACAUCAACAGUAGAACAAGAGGCUGCCAGUAUAAUGGUGAACCUGUGCAGCUGGGUGACUCAUUUUGGAGCGACUCCAGCUGUGCACAGAAGUGCACGUGCACCUCGACAGGCCUGCAGUGCUCUAACCAGCCCUGCUCCUUUUCUCAAGUUUGCAUGCCAUAUUCCUUUCAGUUCUCCUGCCAAACGGUGCAGAGACGCACUUGCACUAUCAGUGGCGAUCCACAUUACUACACCUUUGAUGAUACAGUGUUUCACUUUCAAGGCACCUGCACCUAUGUUCUCUCAGAACAAUGUCAGUAUGGGCUUCCUUAUUACAGAAUAGAGGGCAAAAACGAGCACAGAGGCAGCACUCAUGUUUCCUGGACACGCCUGGUCAAGGUUUUUGUCUACAAUGAAACCAUUGAGCUGGUGAAAGGAAACCCAGGAAGGGCAAAGGUUAAUGGAACCUUUACAGCAACUCCUUUUACCCUCAACCAGGGCCGUGUCCAGGUCUAUCAGUCAGGUUUUAGUGUGGUUGUCAGCACUGACUUUGGCUUAACUGUAUCUUAUGACACAUAUUCACAUGUCGGAAUCAGUCUACCCUACACGUACCAGAAUGCAACAUGUGGUCUAUGUGGAAACUUCAACAAUCAGCCUGGAGAUGACUUCCAAACUCGCAAUGGCGAGGUAGUCAGCUCUGAUGUAGAUUUUGCUAACAGCUGGCGAGCAUCUGGUGAUGAGGAUCCUGGUUGUGAAGCACAGUGUCGGGGUCUGGAAUGUGCUGGCUGCAAUGCAGCUCAGACUGCAUUAUACAACAACAAUGACCACUGUGGCAUCCUUCAGAACAGCUCUGGACCUUUUGCAGCAUGCCACCAAACACUUCCCCCACAAAACUUUGUGCAGAGUUGUGUUUAUGAUCUGUGCAUCGGUGGAGGAUACCAACCCAUUCUGUGCCAAUCUUUAGGUGUAUAUGCAAGUCAGUGUCAACAAAAUGGGAUCCAGCCUGCAAGCUGGAGAAGACCUGGCUUCUGUGAAAUCCCCUGUCCAGCCAAUAGCCAUUUUGAGUCUCAAGCAACUGGAUGUCCAUCCACCUGUGUUAAUCCUAACUCCACCCAAAACUGCCCCCUUCCUGUUCAGGAGAGCUGUGUCUGUGAUACCGGCUACGUCCUCAGUGCUGGACAGUGUGUUCCUUAUGCUCAAUGUGGCUGCAGCUUUGAGGGUCGCUAUUAUCAAUCAGGACAGACUGUUAUACUGGAUGAAGACUGUGGGAGGCGCUGUAGCUGCACCGCUGGCUCAAUGACAUGCAGCCCCCAUGGCUGUGGCCCACAUGAAUCCUGCAGUGUAGAUGCUGGAGAAAGAGGAUGCAGACCUAAUGGUUACGCCACAUGUUUGAUAAGGGGGCCAGGGUCCUAUCAAACCUUUGAUGGACUGACAUAUCAGUAUCCUGGAGCAUGUAAACUGAUUGUCGCCAAAGUAAUUGGAUCAUCUGAUCACCCACACUUCAAUGUGUCAACAGAAAAAGUGCCACAAGGCCAGGAGAGUUUUUCCAAUUAUUUAAACAUUGAGGCUCAGGGAGCAAAAGUCACUAUUGGAAUGGACAGCAGCAACAGAGUCUGGGUUGAUGGUCAGCUGAGUAGACUGCCCUUCAGUUCUGCAUCCAACCAAUUCCACAUCUUCCAUAGCAACACUCACAGCAUCAUCCUUCGCACAUCUUUUGGUUUGACUGUGCAAACCGUCUGGCCUCACUUUGUUCGUGUCACUGCACCUGUUGUCUACACCAGCUCACUUGGUGGACUCUGUGGAAACUACAACAAUGAGCCCAAUGAUGACUUUCAAACACCAGAUGGAACCCUGGUCCAUAGUGUUCAGGUGUUUGGGGACAGCUGGAGAGAAGGCUCCCUGGCAUCUCACUGUGUGGAAAACACAAAUCGCAACAUAAUGACCAAUUUCAAUUCCAGUGACUACUGUGGCAUCCUGAGUUCACCACAUGGUCCAUUUACACCUUGCUGGCCUGUGGUGAACCCAUCACAGCAAGUGGACGUGUGUGUGGACAUCCUCCGUAGAUCUGAAGAUCCUGAAUCAACACUGUGUCAGGUUCUACGAGAUUAUGUCCUAAUGUGCCAACAAAAGGGGGUUUCUCUGGGAGAGUGGAGGAAUACAACUGGAUGUGCGGCAACCUGCCCUUCAAACAGCCAUUCAGAAGUCUGUGGGACAUCCUGUCCCUCCACCUGCCCCAGUCUCUCCUUCCCCUUCAGCUGUGACACUCCAUGUCAGGAUGGAUGUCAGUGUAAUGAUGGCUUUGUCCUCAAUGGAAACCGGUGUGUGCCACCAACAUCCUGUGGAUGCUACCAUCAAGGGCGCUAUUGGCAAAGUGGUCAACAGUUUUGGGAUGGAGAAGAGUGUCAGAGUUUGUGCAGCUGUAACGGUGUGACUGGUGUGGUCAGUUGUGUGCCACACUCUUGUGGUCCCGAUGAGGCGUGUCGAGUGGUAGAUGGCGAGUUUGGUUGCCAUCCCAACCCUCGUGGUACCUGCUCUGCCUCUGGAGACCCCCACUACUUGACGUUUGAUGGAAAGACCUACGAUUUCCAAGGAACAUGUCGCUAUGUUCUAGCAGAGGUUUGCCAUUCAUCCAGUGGGCUCCAUCAGUUUUCUGUGGAGGCAAAGAAUAUGCCAUGGAAUGGGCUGCCCGUGUCCAUCACAGCUGAAGUUGCUGUUACUGUGUGGGGCUACAAAGUGUGGAUGUUUAGCAAUAACAGAGUAGAGGUUGAUGGAAUAACGAGAAACCUACCAUUCGUCUUGAAUGGGAACAUAUCUGUAUUUGCAAGUGGAUAUCAAACAUUUGUCCGUACAAGUUUUGGUCUAAGCGUCAUGUAUGAUGGAUGGAGCACGGUGUCUAUCUCUGUACCUCCAGAUUACAGAAGAAACAUGUGUGGACUUUGCGGAAAUUUCAACGACAAUCCAAAUGAUGACUUCCAUAGCCCAGAUGGUGCCGCAGUCACCACACCUGAUGCUUUUGGGGCAGCCUGGAAAGUUCCAGGCAACUACAGCUGCAGUGAUGGCUGUGGCUCCUCCUGUCCACGGUGCACUAACGAUCAAGCUGCCAGAGUUCAGUGUGAGGUGAUUCAGGCAGCUGACGGCCCCCUCAGCUUCUGUCAUGAACACGUGGAUCCAGCCCCGUUUUUCAGUGACUGCGUGUUUGACGUUUGCGUGGGUGGAAAUGCUCGAAACGAUCUUCUGUGCAGGGCCAUUGAGACAUAUGUGAGCGCAUGUCAGUCUGCUAAUGCCCGGAUCUAUCCUUGGAGACAAAACACCACCUGCAGCAUCAACUGUCCAGCAAACAGCCAUUAUGAGCUGUGUGGAACAGACUGUGGCCACACCUGUGUCUCCAGCACCAAUGCUACCUGUGAGCAUGCUUGCUCAGAGGGAUGUUUCUGUGAUGAGGGAUUCGUCAGAAGUGGUACAACCUGUGUUCCUGAGGAGAGCUGUGGGUGUCAAUAUGGCGGCUUCUACUAUAAUGUUGGAGAGUCUUUCUGGAAAGAUGGUUGCUCUGAGCGAUGUGAAUGUUUGGCCUCUGAUGUUGUGCACUGUGCCGCUGCAUCCUGCACUCCUGCACAGCAGUGCACCGUCAGGAAUGGCCAGCUGGGCUGUUAUGAUGGGAUGUCCACCUGCACUGUCUGGGGAGACCCGCAUUACAUCACCUUUGAUGGUGCCCUGGCUCAUUUCCAGGGAACAUGCUCUUAUAUCAUUACUGAGACUGGGAGUCAUGGCAACAAUCACACCCAGUUUGAGGUUGUAGCCACCAACAAUCACCGUGGCAACAACCAUGUGUCCUUUGUGUCAUCAGUGGACAUACAUUUCUCUAAAGAUGCAGAGAGUGUGCGUGUAAGGAUUGGACCAAACAGAAGAGUGAAGGUAGAUGGAUCUGAUGUGUCUCUUCCCACGACUGUAGGAGGCAUAGCUCAAGUGUCAACACAGGGAGGCUUUGUAGUCUUUAAUGCAGCUGACCUUAUUGUCCAAUUUGAUGGCCAGAGUACUCUAUUGGUCAGAAUGAGUCAGCACUAUCAGAACAAAGUCAGUGGGAUGUGUGGGAACUUCAACGGAGAUCCUUCAGAUGAUAAAGUGAAACCGAGUGGCACACUCGCCCAAAAUGACACUGAGUUUGGACACAGCUGGAAGUCACCAAGCAGUCAGCCAGGAUGUGGAUCCACUGAUGAAAUAAAUGAAGAUGGACACUGUCGUUUUUCACAAGAAUACUCUGAACUCUGCAGCAUCAUCACCAACACCAGUGGUCCAUUCAGCGCCUGUCACCUGCACUCUGACCCACAGCCAUUUUUCUCUUCCUGCGUCUAUGAUCUCUGUCUCUACUCUCCAGCCAAUGGCAUGCUGUGUUCUGCAGUUUCAGCUUAUGAGAAAACUUGCACUGUUUUAGGCUUGAACAUCCCAGAAUGGCGCCCUGCUUUACACUGUGCCUUGUCAGAUCCCUGUGAACAGCUGAACUGUGCAGAACAUGAGUGGUGCGGGAAGAAAAAUGGAGAGUACGGCUGCUUCUGCGAUGAGCACCAUCAUAGACCAAACAAUGAGAGCUACGACUCGUCCAUCACCUGUGAAAACAGCUCAGGGACCAUGUCUGUGUCCCGCUGCCAGCUGUUUGAGGCCGGCUUUCACUCCAGUGCUCUCCAUCUUAAAGAUAGCUCCUGCAAUGGAACUGUUCAGAAUGGAAGACUUGUUUUCCACUUUGACAAUGAGGGUCAUCUUUGUGGAACCGUUCUCAGGAGCAAUGGAACCCAUUUCAUGUAUGAGAACACCAUUCAGGGGGAUGUGGAUACUCAUGGAAGUAUCAUAAGCCGUCAGAAGAACGUCCAUUUGCUCUUCUGCUGUUCUUACCCUCUGUCCCAGGCCCUGUCUAUGGAUGUGGGCAUAAACCCUCUGGAGAGUGUAGUGAGGAAGAAGCUUCCAGUUGGUGUUGGUGUGUAUCACAUGAGGAUGACCCCCUAUCAGGACGCAGCCUUCCGCUUCCCCUUCACCUCUAAUACAAACAUAGAAAUGGUGGUAGAUGAAAGGCUUUACAUUGAGGUGCGGACUGAAGGUGUGGAUCAACAACAGAUUUCCACUGUUCUGGACUCAUGUUGGGCGACACCAGUCAACAUUGCAAACUACCCUGUUCGUUGGGAUCUCAUUGCUGAAGAAUGUCCCAAUCCAGAUGAUGGUACAGUUGAGCUGGUACAGAAUGGCAUCUCCACUGUGGCUCGUUUCUCCUUCAAGAUGUUCACGUUUACCAACUUCUCAUCCAUUUUCAUUCACUGUAAUGUCCACUUGUGUCUGUUGAGACACAACAACUGCACAGCUCAUUGUUAUCCUGGUCACCCCACGCGUUUCAGGAGGGACUUGUCCUAUCAUGACUCUUCAGCCAUCUCAGUUGGACCACUUCAUCUGAACCCACGUAGCUUAGGAAGGAUCCAGAGCAGCAGUGCUCCAGGACAGAUGACAUCUGUCUUCACCCUGAUAAUUGUUUUGCUGACUGUCAAAAUUCUGAUCCAAUGAGUUUAAAGAGAGCUGAUGUGUUUACCAGCUCCCUUCUUAAAUGUUCAUUUAGGUUUUUCAUUUGGGUUUGUUUUGCGUUAGCAAUCAGGUGGUAGUAAUAGCCUUGCAUACGGAGGUAGGCUCUUUGUACUACACACUGGGGUCAUAAUUAACUUACUGUGAAUUUGAAGCUACUCAUGAAUAAACUCAAGCAAUGGGCUGAUGGGAUACCAUGGCUUUAGUGGGGUGUAAACUGUUUUGAUGUAUUGAAAAUUUACAAUAACUACUGUGUCUGUCAGUCAAAAAGCCUGUCAGUCAAAGAAGUCAUCCUAUGGUUAUCUUAAUUAUCAAAGUAUUUUACUUUAAUAAAUAUAAAUUACUUGUCUUUAUUUGUAGAUUUUCAGUUUAAUAAAAAUGCAUCAUAAAUAGUAUAACAACAGUAUUGUUACAAUAAUAUUAGUCCAGAUUUUGAACUUGGAAGCUAUACUUAAUGCUUAAGAUACUAUUUUUCUAUUCUUCUAUUAGACUUUUGUUUUCAUUGUGGGCUGGAAGAGGAUGACACUUGGAUUGUUAAUCAACCCUUCUUGGGAAGGAAUUUGUGCUUUGGGAUGUUUUUUUUUUUUAAUAAAAAUGCUAGACAAAAGUCCAACCUCUGCAUUGAAGCCCUGAUACAUUUGUUCAUCCAAACAGACAUAAUUUGUGAAAAAAAGAAUAACCACCUUCUCUGUGUUAUUAAAAACGGAAGUGUAAUAUUUAUUAUAGCUUCAUCUGCAAGAGACUCUUGAAAAUGAUGUUUUCAAACAUGCAAGAUUAACAGUUCCCAAAAUAAAACAUUGUUCAGAGACAAA